UCAAAGAACAUAGAAAGAUCAUUAAUUACAUAAAAAGUAUACAUUAUAGGAAUAUGUCAAAGUCAACAAUACUCCUUGCUCUCCUCUUGUGCUUCCUCCUCAUUUCAUCCAAUGAUAUGCAAGGUGUUGAGGGGAAAACUUGUCGAUGGAGGAGCAAAGAAUAUCGUACCCGUUUUUGCUUAUUGAGUGAUACUUGUUUCAUCAAGUGUAAACAAGAGUAUCCCAAGGCAAUUAAGGGUCAAUGCAUUAGAAAAAGCACUUUUUCACGUUAUUGUUAUUGUUGGCGCAAGUGUUAAGAAGCAUCAAAUAUUCUCAUACUAUGUACUAUAGAAAUUAUGAUAAAUAAAUAACUAGUGGUGUGGUUGUCUUGUGUCAUGUGUGUAAGAAUAAAAACACUAGCAAUUCAUUAGAAUUGUAGUUCUAUUUUUAGGGUAAGUAUUAUAGUUUUUUGUGUUUUUUUUAAUGUCAAAGUGAAGUAAUCUAAAUAAUUUAAAUAAAUUGUUUGUUGGUUAUUUUCAUUUA